CUUGCAGAUACGCGGAAUAUCAUGGCGCUGACGAGGAACGUUUACAACCUGCUGUUUAGAAGAACAUCGACUUUCGCCAUCACCAUCAUGGUGGGAGCCGUUUUCUUCGAGCGAGUGUUCGACCAGGGCGGAGAUGCGUUAUUUGAAAGUUUAAACCGGGGGAAACUCUGGAAACAUAUUAAACACAACUACGAGAAGGACGAGUGAGCAGAAUGUCCUCAAAUAUCGUCUCUUGAUGGAACACCCAGCCACCACCACCAUCUCGCCAUGUUUCCUGAAGAAAAGAAAUUGGCUUUCCCAGCGUCUUUAACGCCAUCCUUUGUGGCACUGGGAUCCAGAGAGACUGUGUUCUGAUCAUCAUGGAAUACUGAGAACCAUCAGCUUGCUCUGUCUGAAUAUUGCAUCAUAUGUCUUGUGUUCCUCAAAUUUUGUAAAUGUAUACUUAAACCUGUGUUAAUAAACUUGACUUAAGAAGUUA